GGGACUGGGAGUAGGGAGUUUAGGAGCCCAGACACCCGGGUUUUCUGGGUGGGGGGUGGGAAGCAGGGGCUUCUGGGAGCCUGGACACCUGGGGGGAAACUGAGGACAGGCAUAGAUGCCAGGGGUCUGGACUCCCCCCACCCCACAGAACCCAGACGUCCGGGUUCCCAAACCCCCUACUCCCACCCCCCACCCUAACGAGCCUGGGUGUCCGGGCUCCCAGAACCCCCUGCUCCCCCCCUUCCCCCGCCCCAGGGAACCCAGGCGUCCUGAGCUCAGACGCCUGGAAUCCAGGGGGGGGGGGGGGGCAGGGCCAUAUAAGGCCCCCGCGGCCCAGCUCGGGCGCAGCUCGGAGCCAUGGAGGUGCUGGCAGGCCAUGCCCUCCCCACUCUGCAGUGGACCGGCCCCCAGCCCCGGUGCCCACACCACGCCGCGCCCUGGCCCAGAUGCUGCGCCAGGCUGAGAGCCUGAGCCUGCUGCUUCAGCACAGCGCCGAGCAGCUGCUGGCCGACUAUGUGCGGCACCAAGGGGACCCCUUUAGCACCCCGAGCUUCCACCCUCCCGCGCCGCUGGGCCUGCCGCCCCCGCCCCGGCCCCCAGGGGGGGACGCCGAGCGCCUGGCAGGCCUGGCUGCUGCUUAUGCUGCCCUGCCUGGACUCCUGGGCUCCGUGCGGGCCCAGCAGGCCCAACUCAACCCGGGGGCCGCUGAGCUGCUACGAGGCCUGGAGGCAGGUGCCCGGCAGGCCCGGGGCCUGGCUGGGCACAUCGAGGCCGUGGCGGCAGAGCUGGGGGUGGCACUGCCAGGACCGUGGGUGCCCCCCGAUGCCCACCCGCCUGCCAAUGCCUUCGGCGCCAAGGUGUGGGGGUACUGGGUCUGCCGCCUGCACCGUGACUGGGCCCGGCGCGCCCAUGAGGACCUGGGGCUGCUGGCUCGGCGCUAUCCAUUAUGAGGUUGCCCUGGGGUCCCAGGCAUCUGGGCAGGUGGCGGGAUCUGGGGGGACAUGACUGACCUGCAUAUUUGUUGCGGGUCCAAGAUGUUCAUCAAGGGGGGAUGUUAAUUACUGCGGCUGCAAUUAAUAAAGUAUUUUAGUAAGA